UUUUAUUUUAUCGAAUGCCAUAUACUUGAAAUGAUCAAGAAUAAGGAAAAAGGUGGUAAACCAAAGAACAAUAUUGUAAAAAAUAAGCCUGAGCUUAUUUACAAAUACGAAGGGCAAGAAUAUGCUCAAUUUACAAGGUUGUUAAGUAAUGGCCGUUAUAAGGCACAUUGUUCUGAUGGUGUUGAACGUAUGGCACAUAUUCCUGGCCAAUUACGUAAUAGAACCUUGGUUAAUCCAGGUGAUUUCGUGUUAUUAUCUUUCGUGAAUUUCAAGAUAACGAGGCCGAUAUCCUUCAUCGUUAUACUCUCGAUGAAGCAAGAGCUUUGAUGAAUUGUGGUGAAUUACUCAUACAACCAAGAUUAUUGAAGCCGACGCCAGCAACGAGAAUGGUAACGAAAUUGAUUUCGUUAUAGAUAGCGAUGAAAUUUAACUAGGUUUUAUAUCUCUCUUUUUGUGUUAUGGUAAUACAAGGCAUUGCGUUUCCUCUUUGUCCUUUUCUAAAUUUAUUUCUUUUUACGUUUAAA